AUGGCGAACAAUCAGGCAGAGCAAUCCAGCAAGGGCAAUGGAAAUGACGGUAGAUCCAGCGGCGCAGAGAGCAUGAGCUUUUCGGACACCCUGGACUCCUUCCCAAUGCCGCCAAACCAUCGCAGCCGCCGAUUUGGGAAGAGCAAGGCCAUCGUCGUUGGGGAAGACGUGGAGGAUGCGGAGAACCUCAGAAAGGAGGAAGCAACGGGAGAGAAUAAGGAAGAAGAGAAUGAGGAAAAGAAGGCCGAAGUUGAAGAGAUGGAGAAAGAUGAAGAAAUUGAAAAGAAGAACAUGGAAGACGGAUAUGAAAGCGACGACGAGAAAGAUGGAGUCAAAGAACCAGCAGUCGAAGGCGACCCAUAG